UGUUCCCCGGCGGGUCCCGGCGCUGCCCCCGGUUCCUGCGCCGGGAGUGAGACAAGCACAACCCCAGGGAGCCCGGCCCUGCGCACAGACACCUCCCGGAGGAGGAAGGCGGCCCCUUCCCUCGCCCUGCAGCGCCGGGAGCUCCCGGACCCUCGGUGUGCCCGGGGCACCUGUCCCGCCGGGAGGCAGCUCUCACGGACCCACCAGCCCCCUCCGCCUCAAGUACAUUCUGUGGACAUAAGCAUUUUUUAACUUUUUAAAGAACUUUUUUUUUUUCCCCACCCCCUGGGAUUUUUACGAGCUUCCCCAUAGUUAUUUCCUGCUUCUCCCACCUCAGCCUGCGCUUUGUUUUUUCUUGGCACCGUAGAAUGGGGAUCGAAUCAAAAUCGAGAUUUUAAGCAUUGUAGGAGCCCUCAAGUCCAUUCACCUGUUAAAAGUGAGCAGUGCUGUUUCUGUCUUUCUUUUUCCCCCACGUCGCCUGUCGGAUGUGAUGGAACUCAUGUUCGCAGAGUGGGAGGACGGGGAGAGGUUUUCAUUUGAAGACUCCGAUCGCUUUGAGGAAGACUCUCUUUGUUCCUUUAUCUCUGAGGCAGAGAGCCUUUGCCAGAACUGGAGAGGAUGGAGGAAGCAGUCGGCUGGACCCAAUUCUCCCACUGUCAAAAUGAAAGAUGGGCUGGUGAUCCCAUUGGUGGAACUGUCUGCAAAACAGGUUGCAUUUCACAUUCCAUUCGAGGUGGUGGAGAAAGUUUAUCCUCCAGUGCCCGAGCAACUGCAACUUCGAAUCGCCUUCUGGAGUUUCCCAGAAAAUGAGGAGGAUAUCAGAUUGUACUCCUGUUUGGCGAAUGGCAGCGCAGAUGAGUUCCAGCGAGGGGAGCAGCUCUUCCGGGUGAGGGCUGUCAAAGACCCUCUCCAGAUAGGUUUCCAUCUGAGUGCCACUGUGGUGCCCCCGCAGAUGGUGCCGCCCAAGGGCGCGUACAACGUGGCGGUGAUGUUUGACCGGUGCCGGAUCACGUCGUGCAGCUGCACCUGCGGGGCCGGGGCCAAGUGGUGUGCUCACGUCGUGGCGCUCUGCCUCUUCCGCAUCCACAACGCAUCUGCAGUAUGCUUACGAGCACCUGUUUCUGAGUCUUUGUCUCGACUACAAAGAGACCAAUUGCAAAAAUUUGCUCAGUACCUAAUCAGUGAACUUCCACAACAGAUUCUUCCAACAGCUCAGCGCUUGCUGGAUGAGCUGCUGUCUUCUCAGUCUACUGCCAUCAACACAGUGUGUGGAGCCCCAGAUCCCACUGCUGGACCCUCUGCAUCAGAUCAAAGCACCUGGUACUUAGAUGAAUCUACUCUGAGUGACAACAUAAAGAAAACCCUUCAUAAAUUCUGUGGACCCUCUCCUGUUGUUUUCAGUGAUGUGAAUUCAAUGUAUCUGUCUUCCACGGAACCACCAGCUGCUGCUGAGUGGGCCUGUCUCCUGCGUCCCCUGCGAGGAAGAGAACCUGAAGGAAUCUGGAACUUGCUUUCCAUUGUGCGGGAGAUGUUUAAGAGACGGGAUAGCAAUGCAGCUCCUUUGCUGGAGAUUCUGACUGACCAGUGUCUCAACUAUGAGCAGAUAACCGGCUGGUGGUACAGUGUGCGAACAUCUGCGUCACACAGCAGCGCCAGUGGGCACACAGGACGCAGCAAUGGCCAGUCAGAAGUGGCUGCUCAUGCUUGUGCAAGUAUGUGUGAUGAGAUGGUGGUUCUUUGGAGGCUGGCUGUCCUCGACCCAACUAUUAGUCCACAGAGGCGCAGGGACCUUUGCUCACAGCUCAGACAGUGGCAGCUGAAAGUCAUAGAUAAUGUUAAGAGGGGUCAGCACAAGAAAUCACUGGAGAAGCUCUUCCAAGGUUUCAAGCCAGCUGUGGAAGCCUGUUACUUCAACUGGGAGGAAGCUUAUCCCAUUCCUGGGAUUACAUAUAGCAGCACUGACAAGAAGAACUCAUUCUGUUGGGUAAAGGCCAUCCAGCACAGGAGCUGCCGGUUGCAGUGUUCAGAAACUGCCUGUGAGGCUGGUAGAACCCAUGGGCAGGAGCCCGGGGGACCAUGUCUGCAGCCUGGGCUGCGGCCCUCUCCCCAGGAGCCAGCAGUUCGUCCAAAGGAACUUACUGGAAAGCGGAAGGUUGUCUCUGAAACACCACAGAGGGUUCUGAGACGACUCUCAGCAGAAGGGGAUAAAGCUGUGUAUAAGACUGCAGUGGGCAAAGCAAAGUUGCCGGUGAGCAAAGGUUUGACCAGUAAACAUAGUGGGAAACGCCGCAUGAGCAGUGAAGACAGUUCUCUGGAGCCAGACUUGGCAGAGAUGAGCCUGGAUGACAGCAGCUUGGCACUCGGGGCGGAAGCCAGCAACACCUUUAGUUUUACAGAAAGCCCACUGAGCAGGAGCUACAGGGAUGCCUUUGAGGAGGAUGGUGGGGUGUACUUCUCUGAGGGACCUGAGCCCACUGUCAGGAGCAGUUCCAUGGCCAAGAAAUCGCCCAAGGAUCCUGUGGGGGAGAUGGGUAGUGGUGAUGAUGACCUGCCUUCUGCAGAUGAGAACACUGGUGGUGUGAGCCUGAAGCCAGAAGAAGUGGGAGAGAAUGGUGCAGUGGGGGGAGGGGAUGAUGGAGAAGAGGAAGAUGAUUACCAGGUGUACUAUCUGAAUCCACAAGAGGUAGCCAAGGAAGAUGAUGACAAAGUUGAAGGGGGAAAUGAAGAGGAGCAGGAUAUAUUUGCUGGUAUAAAGCCUCUGGAGCAAGAGAACCGGAUGGAGAUCCUGUUUGCCUGUGCAGAGGCCUUGUAUGCACAUGGAUACAGUAAUGAAGCUUGCCGCUUAACUGUAGAGCUUGCCAGGGACCUACUGGCCAACCCUCCAGAUCUCAAAGUGGAGCAGCCACCAACUAAGGGCAAAAAGAACAAGGUAUCAACCAGCAAGCAGACAUGGAUGGCAACAAACACCUUGUCUAAAGCUGCUUUCCUGCUGACUGUGUUGAGUGAGCGUCUGGAGUACCACAACCUGGCCUUCCAAAUAGGAAUGUUUGCUCUGGAGCUGCAGAGACCACCUGCUUCUACAAAGGCUCUGGAGGUGAAGCUGGCUUAUCAGGAAUCUGAGAUUGCAGCCCUCUUGAAAAAGAUUCCCUUGGGCACCAAUGAGAUGAACACUAUUCGAGGAAGAGCUGAAGAACUGCGAGAAGGGACAUUAUGUGAUUACCGUCCUGUCCUGCCUCUGAUGUUGGCAAGCUUUAUAUUUGAUGUCCUGUGCACUCCAGUGGUUUCUCCUACCGGCUCUAGACCCCCAAGCCGUAAUUGGAAUAAUGAAAUGCCUGGAGAUGAAGAGCUUGGUUUUGAGGCAGCUGUUGCUGCUCUUGGUAUGAAAACAACUGUCAGCGAAGCGGAACAUCCUCUGUUGUGUGAAGGCACGCGAAGGGAGAAAGGGGAUCUGGCACUCGCCCUGAUGAUCACUUACAAGGAUGAUCAGUCUAAGCUGAAGAAGAUUUUAGACAAACUCCUGGACAGAGAGAGUCAAACUCACAAACCACAGACGCUGAGUUCCUUCUACUCAUCCAGCAAGCCUACAGUUGCAAAUCAAAAAUCUCCUUCCAAACAUGCUGCCCAGUCCACUGCAGCUAUCCAACAGCUUCCAGGGACUUCUGUCACUCAGCAAGCUGCUGUAAGCACUGCAGUCCAGAGCAGUCCUGAGAACUUCGUGGAGAAGAGUGCACAGGAAAGCUCUCAGAGGUCCCCCUGUGAGCCAGCUGCAGAGGCCACUGUUUUGAAACAAGAAGGAAAGGUCCCCAGUCGUCUGGCCCUUGGAAACCGAGGUGGAUACAAUGGGAGAUGCUGGGGUUCACCUGUCAGGCAAAAGAAGAAACACACAGGCAUGGCUAGUAUUGACAGCAGUGCUCCUGAAACCACCUCUGACAGUUCUCCAACGCUCAGUCGGCGUCCCCUGCGUGGAGGAUGGGCAACAACAUCCUGGGGCAGAGGACAGGACAGCGACAGCAUCAGCAGUUCUUCAAGUGAUUCGCUGGGAUCCUCCUCUUCCAGUGGCAGUAGGAGAGCCAGUGGGGGAGCCCGUGCAAAGACCGUGGAAGUUGGCAGGUAUAAAGGGAGGCGUCUGGAGAGCCACGCUCCUCAUGUCCCAAACCAGCCCUCAGAGGCAGCUGCUCACUUCUAUUUUGAAUUGGCCAAGACAGUCCUUAUCAAAGCAGGUGGAAACAGCAGUACCUCUAUCUUCACCCACCCUUCCUCCAGCGGUGGGCACCAGGGACCACACCGCAACCUUCACCUCUGCGCCUUUGAGAUCGGGCUGUAUGCACUAGGGCUGCACAACUUCGUGUCUCCCAACUGGCUCUCUCGAACUUACUCCUCCCAUGUCUCUUGGAUCACAGGGCAGGCCAUGGAGAUUGGUAGUGCCGCCUUGAACAUCUUGGUCGAGUGUUGGGAUGGACAUCUGACUCCCCCAGAAGUGGCAUCAUUGGCAGACAGAGCUUCACGGGCCAGAGACUCCAACAUGGUGCGGGCGGCUGCUGAACUGGCGCUCAGCUGCCUGCCUCAUGCCCAUGCCCUGAACCCAAAUGAGAUCCAGAGGGCUCUGGUGCAGUGUAAGGAACAGGACAACCUGAUGCUGGAAAAGGCCUGCAUGGCAGUAGAAGAGGCAGCCAAAGGAGGUGGUGUGUACCCGGAAGUCCUGUUUGAAGUAGCUCAUCAGUGGUACUGGCUUUACGAACAGACUGUUGGCGGGACCCCAGCCCAGAGAGAAGGUGCCACUGGCUGCAGUGCCAGCGGAGCACGGGCCACAUCUGAAGCAGCACGUGGAUUGACGGACAACCGGGUGACCUCGGAGCCGACCACUGUGACAGUGGCAGCUGCAGUAACUGCGGCAGCAACAGUCAUGCCAGUGAUCUCUGUGGGGUCGACCAUGUACCAGCAGCACACAGUGGCAGGGCCGGCAAUGGCACAUACACACACACAGGGUCUCCACCCUUACACCACCCUUCAGACUCACAUCCCCUGUAAUCCCCAAUAUAUUGGACACACUAUCCAGCACGUGCCACGCCCAGCUGUCUUCCCGGUCCCUGGCUCAGCAUACCCACAGGGUGUCCAUCCAGCAUUCAUAGGAGCGCAGUACCCUUAUUCUGUAACAACACCAUCGCUGGCAGCUACAGCAGUGUCCUUCCCUGGUGUGCCCGUCCCAUCCAUGACGCAGAUUGCCGUGCAUCCCUAUCACAGUGAGACCGGACUGUCGCUGUCUUCCAAUGUAGCGAUAGGCAGUGUCCAUGCAGGAUCAACGUUCCCAGCGAUUCAGGGGGCUUCCUUGACACCUCUGUCCUCACAGCCCAACUCCCUUGUUACAGGGGGUUUUCCUGCCGAGGAUGAGCAGCACAGUCAGCCUGUGAGCCCCCAGGGUCUGCACUACCUCCACUCCGCAUACCGAGUUGGGAUGCUGGCUCUGGAGAUGCUUGGCCGAAGAGCUCACAACGACCAUCCCAACAACUUCUCCCGCAGCCCACCCUACACAGAGGAUGUAAAAUGGCUCCUUGGGUUAGCUGCAAAGUUAGGUGUAAACUACGUGCAUCAGUUUUGCGUUGGUGCAGCCAAGGGGGUGCUGAGCCCUUUCGUGCUCCAGGAGAUCAUCAUGGAAGCUCUACAGAGGCUCAACCCUGCCCAUGUGCACAACCACCUGCGCACCCCAGCCUUCCACCAGCUGGUGCAGAGGUGCCAACAGGCCUAUUUGCAGUACAUCCAUCAUCGGGCGAUCCAUCUCACUCCAGCUGACUACGAUGACUUUGUGAAUGCCAUCCGCAGCGCCAGAAGCGCCUUCUGCCUGACUCCUAUGGGCAUGAUGCAGUUUAAUGAUAUUAUCCAGAACCUAAAGCGCAGCAAGCAGACGAAGGACCUGUGGCAAAGAGUCUCUCUGGAAAUGACCACCUUCUCACCGUGACAUCAGGCGGAGCUCCACGGACACACAACCCUUUGCCCAACAUAGUUGUAGUUCCAUUUACACCAUCCUUCCUUCUGGUGUCUUUUUUAUUUUAGUUUUAACUUGUUGGAAACCACUGAUCUGAUGUAUUUAUACCAUGACAUUCCUCUCCAGCACUGUUGCGUGUUGGCGCUCUGCUUUGCUCGCUCUUCCUCCUCCUUUUCAGUGGGCUGCAGGCUUCAGAAGCAUCAGGAAAUGAGAAGGAAGUUGAGCUGGCUGCCCUGUGGUGUAGUCACUGCUUUUUUCCCUGAGCCCCAGGAGGCUGUCCUGCGAGCAGUUUGCAGUGUGAUUGCGCACAUGUUAGAGGGGUUGGGGAUUCUGUCUUAAAUAUUUAUUUUGGCAUUUAUAAAUAUGUAAACUUUUUUUUUUGUAUGGGCUUCUCUUACUCCACACACCAUCUCCUGUUGGGAGUGGCUGGGACUGCUGUGCACAGUGAGUGCUUCCUCCAUCCCUUUCAGCAACUCCUGCUGAGAGAAGCUGAGGCUGGAGUAGCAGGGCCAGGGCCACCUCGGCAGCUUUCUGCAGCAGCAGCUGAGGGCAGAGGCUGGAGCUUGGGCAGUCAGUCCAUGACUGCGCUGAGCUGCCUGGAGACUGCCAGAAGUGCUUGGGCUCUUUCUCAGGAGUGUCCCUCACUGGGCACUGCUGGCUCAUAGAAUGUUUUGAUCCUGGUUGUUACAAAUUGUACAAUCCUGUUUCUUUUGGCUGGGGUAUUACUCUCCUGUAAUCAGUUUCUUAUCCCUUGUCUCUUCUCGUUUCCUGAUUAAACACUCGUUUUCUUAGACUGA